AUGCACUGGGUCUCUCGGACCUUCUUCGUCCCGACCCCCCUGCGGUAUAACUACGAGGAGCUGGCGUUGCAGAGGGCGAUGCGGAGGGCGGACGCGGCCUUCGGGCUCGCCACAGGGCUGGUCUACGCCUGGGCGGUGGCCCUGCCGUGCGCGCCCGACUGGUCCGCGCUCCCCAGCGGGCCGCCCCGCCCCGUCGUGGCGUCGGCCGCGCCUUGGGCACCGGCUCUGCGGUGGGCGGCCGCGGUGCUGGCGCUGCUGCCGAUGUGGCAGCACACCGUCGUGUUGCCGACCCCAACAAAGGGAGACAACGCGUUCAUCGUGAAGCGCGUCUUCGGCGGGUGGGUGUAUUUGACCCGCUGGACGCUUUUUAUGCAGGGGCUGCACCAUCUGGCUACGGCCUUGGAGGCCGUUGCAGACGAGCGUAAGGCCACCUGGAUUGUCUUGCUUACCCACGAGGCCACCGUCUUGCUCUCGCUGCUGGGCGUCUUCGUCUCCGUGCAGUACUUUUCGCUGGUGCGCGGGCACCCCCUUUGCCGGGCCGAGGAGCAAGAAGUGGAUCGCCAGAGGGCUGCCCUUUCGGGCCUUGCAGAUCAGCUCGCACGUCCCCUGCGGCGUGCUGGGCCUGCUGGACCUGCUCGUCUUGAAGGACCCUCCCCUCCAAGGGUUUGUGUCCCUCGGGGGCCUCGCCCGGCUUGCGCGCGGCAUGGCGCUGUUCUGCACGCUCUACGUCUGCCUGCUUCACAUCAACUACACCUUACCAGGGCUUGGCCCUAUUCCUUCAUGGUGAACUUCGGGCGCUCUCCCGUGGUCUGGGCCCAGUUUGUGCUCGGGCAGGUGGCGGUCUUCCUCGUAAUCUUUCUCGUUAUCGUUGUCGGCGCAUGCCAGCUGUUGCCGGCGGCGUGGUAG